AUGAAGAAGUUGGAAGACCAGGCCGAAGCUGCCAUCAAGGCUCAGACCGAUGCCGAGGAGAAGUUUGAUUCUGCUGAGGCCAUUAGGAAGGUUGCUGAGUCCCAAAAAAGAGAGGCCGAUGAGAAGAUGGCCCAGGCCCAAAAAGAGCUGCAGGAGGCCUUGGCUACCAAAAAGGCUAAAAUCAAGGAUGCCGAUGAGAAGGCCGCCGACGCCAUUCCUCUUCCAUUCCCUCUAACUCCAACUCUAGCUCAAUCUGAUGAUGAAUCUAAUUUUGAGGAUGAGGCCGAGGAGGAGGACUUGACUCAAGAUGAGGAAGAUGAGGAGGUUCAUAAAGAUGCUGCUCCUGAGAAAGCUUUAUCCGAUGUUCCUCCUGCUGAUAAGAGCCUAGAUGAAACCUUGCAAGAAAUCGAUGCUGAGCUUGCGGCCGAGAAGCAAGCAGCAGAAAUGAAGGAUGAAGCUGUUGAAAAGGAUGAUGUUCAAGAUGUUGAUAAUGAUGCCACCACAGAGACUAAUACAGUUGUCAAUUCUACUCGGCCCUAA